AUGCAAAAACUCGUCAUAGCUGUGCUUUUAGUGUUUUCAUUGGUUGUAAUGGAUGUCACGUGUCAGGACGCCAUGCUGGCUCCUCCCGACAGGCCAUCUGAGUUCCGGUCACCUGACCAGCUCCGCCAGUACUUGAAGGCUCUCAAUGAGUAUUAUGCAAUCGUUGGCCGCCCAAGGUUUGGUAGAAGUGUGAACAAGAGAUCAGUCAACGAUGCAGUUUUCGGAGAGGCUACAAAAACAGAGUAGACAAUGGUGACUACAAGACACAGAGGACUGGAAAUUAGGCUUCUAACCUUCAUCAGCAUCAAGCACUGAUCACGUCAACAUCUCAUUGGUUAGAGACUACUGCGUCUCAUGACGACGGAGCCCAUUGCGUCAUCGUGACGACAGAGGUUGACGAAGGGUGUCAUAACUCUUUCUCCAUGACGACGUGAAACAAGACACCUCCGUUGAAGCAUACGGUGUGCGUGUUUUUCAUUUUGUUGAAACAAUGGUCA